CUUCAGAAAAGUAAACAUAGUUUAAUUCAUUAAUUUGUUACCAGGUUUGUUGCUGUAAUGGAUUGCCUGCAUGUCCCUUUGUCAGAAACAAACAUUUUCUGGGUUUCUUAGGAAAUUGAAACUGACAAAGUUUUUACUAUCCAUUUAUUGCGACAAAAUCCUCCCACAAAAACCGAUAGAAAGUCCCAAACUUUUCAUUCAGAACAAUAACCCAUCACAAAACCACUUCUGUCUGCCUCUCAUCGGCUCCUUCCAAGUCCCAGAGAAGCACCAGUAUCUGAAACGAAAUGACGACGUCAAAGAGGGUUGCAGAGAGGAAGAAUGAAAGGUUCCAGAGGAACAUAAUGAAGAGGGGAUCUGUCUCUGGUUCCUCAUGGAAGAAAGGCUUUGACUACCCUGUUGGCCCAAUUGUGCUUGGAUUCAUCGUCUUUGUUGUAGUUGGAUCAUCUCUGUUUCAGAUAAUCAGAACAGCAACUUCCGGUGGAACAGCGUAAGCAAGCCCGCGGGAUUAGUAGGUCAUGUCGUGUGUUGUAGGAGCGCAGAUCCUUUAGCCUGUUUAAUGAGAUGAUACAGUGAAAUGAAACAAUCGAAAUAGA